UUCAGCUGCCUGGGAGGGUAACACAGACCAGGCGUAGAAAUCACUUGAUUUAACUCAGCAGAACUUUUCCCCCCUUGACUAGAUGUUACUCUAGCACUCCUGUCUAAAUAUACAGGGCAUCAGAUUUCAUACCAGCAGAAGGAAUCAAAAAGUUCCCAAACUGUAAUCUGUUAGAAAUAGUUACUGUGUAGGAUUUUAGACUAUAAGGGGGGGGGAACUUCAGUAUGCUUUGAAAUGAAACAAGAAUUACAUGUUUUUACUCAAAUGCAUUGGCAUCUUUAUAAGUAGGGUCAGUUAUAUUGGGGACUAUUUACUUGGAGAAUCGUGACUGGGAAACCCUUGGAAAUGUAUUAGAGCAGUCAAUGUUUUACCCACAGGGACGGGACCUGCAUGUGCCCCUGGGGGUCUGGGGGUCUCGUGAAGACCGUUUCUGCUGAGUGGCCAGGGGAAGGGCAUUCCCUAGUGAUACUGCAGCUGCAGUGACACCGCCAGUACCAUGUCUGCCACACAAAGGGAAGGCAGCAGCCACCUGCUCCACGGCUGGCACACCUGCAGACUGAAGCUUCCGGGGGACCAGCGGCAGCACGAAAAAUCUGUCAUUGCUCAGCCAAUAUUUGUUUUUGAGAAGAAAGAACAAAGUUCUAAGAGACCUGCCGAAGAAGCCCUGUACGAAGCCGCAGGACAUGAAUGUAAUGGUUUUUCAAGAAAGCGCAUACGGUCUUCAUCUUUUUCUUUGCACACUGCAGAUUCUCAUUCUCAAGGAGUGAAGAAAAACAAGGUCUUUAUGACACCGACUCUUGUGCAAAGGAAUGUUGACAUGAACAGUGCAGAACAAGGGCCCGUGAAACAUCCUGAACGUGUGCUAAGGCCUGCUAUUUUGCAGCCACCUCGAACUCAAAGGUGUGACAAAGUAAAACACAGUGCAUCGGAACACUGCAAGACUACAGAAAAAACAAAACAUAAGAUUUCUGAGAGGAACUCCUGUUUGCUAAGCAAAAAUUUGCCACGUGCCAGAGUCUCAGUCCAGCUGUCUGCUAACCAGAGUGUUUGGGGCGCUCCAUCAGUAGGAUGUCAACCCAAUGAAGAUAAGAGUUCUUUUAAAAGCUGCAGUUCCGAUUUCGUUUUUGGAGAAAACAUGGUAGAAAGAGUUUUGGGUACUCAAAAGCUCACCCAGCCUCAACUUGAAAAUGAUUCUUAUGCCAAGGAAAAACUAUUCAGAUCCACUCUAAAAUUUCCUGUCAACUCUCCAAACUCAAGAACAGACUCUAUUAAAAAUAGAUCCCUAAUUGAAUCAGCUGCUGCUCUGUCUUCUGAGUCAUCACCAACGUGUUUGCUGAAGAAAAUUGAUGUCAUAACAGGGGAGGAAGCAGAACAUAAUGUGUUGAAGAUCAACUGCAAGCUGUUCGUGUUCAACAAAGCGACAGAGUCCUGGACGGAAAGGGGCCGGGGAGCCCUGCGGCUGAACGACACCGCCGGCAGCCACUGCGGAGUCUCCCAGUCCAGGCUAGUUAUGCGCAAUCAAGGCAGCCUGAGGCUGAUUCUCAACAGCAAACUCUGGGCUCAGAUGGAGAUUCAAAGAGCGAACCACCUGAAUUUACGAAUCACAGCUACUGAUUUAGAAGACUAUAGCAUCAAAGUGUUUUUAAUUCAGGCCAACGCCAAAGAUACAGGGUCUCUGUACGCUGCGAUCCACCACCGCCUGGUCGCCCUCCGGAGCUCGGAUAAGCAGGAGGACGCAGCCCCAGCGGAAGGCCCGGCGGACAUGGCCCUCCAGCAAUUGAACGGCGAUAGCUGUGAUGAGGAUGAGGAUGAAUUCUUCCAGGCCGCUGCAAAUAGAUCAGAUCCUUCCAGGUGGACCCACCGGCAGUCGGUUGCCUGUUCGUGAGUGCGGCCAACUGUAGACACAGCGACAUCUCCGCCAAGAUUGGUCACGAACCGAAAACACUCGGCCAUCCUAACUAAAUGAGAAGAUCCUAUUCACUCCUUGAAAAGUUUCGAUAGAAAAGUUCAUGAAAUAUAAUUUGUUGCAAUUAAAGUUUUUCUCUAUGUAGUCUGAUAAUUCUGAAGUUUUACAUUUUGACCAUUGUGCAUUGUGGAGAAAUGACAAUUUAAGAAAUACAUG